AUGGCAUUCAUGUCAGCUAGAAAAUGUAUUGGUUUGGAUGGUUGUUUCUUGAAGGGGGUAUGCAGGGGUCAAUUACUUAUUGCAGUGGCCAAAUAUGGCAAUAAUCAAAUGCUUCCACUUGCUUGGGCUGUAGUUGAAAAUGAGAACACAAACAGUUGGAGUUGGUUUAUUUCUCUGUUGCAAGAAGAUUUGGGAUUAGGAGAUGGAACAAAUUUCACCAUUAUGUCAGACAUGCAAAAGGGACUGGAUUUAGCUAUUAAGAAGUUGUUGCCAGCUUGUGAGGAAAGAAGGUGUGCUAGGCAUAUACUAGCAAAUUGGUCACAGAAUUGGAAAGGGCUGCAAAGGAAGAAACUGUUCUGGAAGUGUGCUAGAAGUACUUUUGAAGCUGAAUUCAGACAAAAUCUGGAAGAGCUGUCUAAACUAGGUACGGGUAUAGUGGAUGAUCUAAUUUACUAUGAUAAAGAAUAUUGGUGCAAAGUGUAUUUUAAUUGUGAAGUUAAGUCUGAUACAAUAGAUAAUAAUAUGUGUGAGAGCUUUAAUGCUUGGAUUUUGUCUGCAAGGCAUAAAACCAUUAUUAGUAUGCUUGAAGAGAUAAGGAUUAAGGUCAUGACUAGGUUAGCUAGGUUAAGUGAAUUUCCAAACUCUUGGAUAACCAACUUCUCUCCAAUGGCAAUGAAAGUAUUAGAAGAAAAUAUUGAUAAGUCAAUGGCAUGUAACAUUGAGUUUAAUGGAGUAACUGGAUAUGAGGUUUUAGAUGGAUACAAACAACACACUAAUCAAGAAAUCCUCUAG